AUGUCAGCAGGAGCACCGCCAGGUAGUGGGUCGUUGUUGAGUGCCACCGAUUUCUUCGGUAAGACGGAUGUGGGUGGCUUGGAUAAAUUCAAGACCAUAGCCUUUCGUGCUCUUCACGAACAGAAACUCGAGGAGGAGCUUCAACAAACCAAGCAAGAGAACGAACGUCUUAAAGAUGCUCACACUCGAGUAACACGCGACUUGGAAGAUCUCCAAGUAUCGUUUGCAGCCAAUAUCGAAGAUCGUGAGCGCGUACUUGCCUUCAAGUCGAAGCGGAUCGAUGAACUUCAUAACAAACUACGCGAGUAUGAAACCAUCAACGCCUCGUUGCUACAAACAAUUAACGGAGGUCCGGUGGGAACAGAACCGGAGACUCGUGCUAGAAUGAUGACGUUGAUUAACGCAGGAAAGCCGCUCUUCCAUGCGCUGGACACGUGUAAGGAACAAGAGUACAAACAACUCUAUGAAGACUCCCAACGUCACUGCGAGCAACUGACACAAACUGCUCUUGAAAACGAAGCUGCAAUGCGAGAGACUCGACUAGUAAAAUUCAACAAGCAAGACAGCGACAUCCAGAUCGAGCAACUUCAAGCUCAACUCGCGACAAUGGCAUUAGAAAAAGACCAACUAGAACAUCAUCUGGAGCGUAAGUUGAUCCUAGAAAACGACCGACUACGUCGUGAGAAAGAAGCCGAACUCCAAGCUUUCCACGACGCUAUGCGCACACAAAUGCGAAUGCAGUUGGACGUGACCACGCAGCGAACUGUCGAGGAGAACGAGAGAGUGCAGCUCGAACUGCGUUAUCAGAGCUCGCAACUGGAGAAGAUGAUGAAGCAGAGCGACGAACUUCGCGCCGAGAAUAAACGUACGAAACACGAAAUGCACCAACUUUUCGCGAAGAUGCAGCAGAAGGACGAGAGAUCAAGACAAGUCGAUGGUCAGCCACGGACUGCGAAGACACCGGUGGACCCCCCUACGUCGCGACGAAUACCUCGAAAGCCUCCGCUACCUGCGUUGUCUACAGUCAACUGUGCUAAGCCAACGUCUUCAGAAGCUUCGUCGAUGGACAUCAUGGGAUCUCCUCGUGGCUCCUACUUCUCACCUGACGUUGACCGUAUUCAAACCGGUAAAUAUCCAGAGUUUGAAUCUGAUCCGAACGAUCCGCAAACUCCGUAUCAGCUCAACGCCGUCACAGAUGUUCUUGAAAAACAUCUACAAAGUCGUGAGUUUACUAAGAAACAAAUGGUGGCUGUGCUACGGUAUCAUCAUGACCAGUAUCAACGUCGAGAAAGCGUAAGUAUUUUUGGCUUCUAUGGCAUGGACUCUACUGAACUUGGAACUACGCCAGUGUUCAAAAAGAAGCUCAUGCUCUCUAAGGCAUGCUACUUACCGUCAAGCUAUGGACGUAGGAUCAGGGAACCAUCGGUGCGUGCUGCUUGGCAUUAA